AUGGAAGAACAACUUCUUUCCAGUCCCUCGAAAGAUAGCUCCAAGAAAGCAGCUAACUCUCCUGUCACAAAUGACGAUAAGAAGCAACGAAAAGAUUUGGACAAUUUAUAUAAAAUCACCCUCAAGAGAAAUGAAGGCUUCAUCGACGAAGGUUAUUUCGAUAGCCUUUCAACUCAGCUAGUGAACGUUCAGCUGGCCAUUCCGGAAAAGGACCCGCAACCAAUAUUUGUUGGUUCUGGGUUUCUUUCUGGAAAAGCCUGGUUCCACGCAGCGGAUAGUUACAGCCUGCAAUGGCUUAAAUCAACAGUUGCUACGCUACAUGCCAAUGGUAGGUUCGCUGAUCUCGUUGUUUUGCCAUUUAUGCCUGUUUCUCCACUUCGACGUGCUACUACUUCCGUUCCCAGCGUCCCUCGGUUGGAACGUGAUGGAAGGAAAAAUUUUCGCCGUAUUAUUGCAAAACAAAACAAAAAUUUAGACAUUUAUUCGUGGAAGAUUGUUAGCAUAAGAUUGCUGCCUAAUGGAAGGUACUGUGUCAUCUUUUGUCUGGAUGAAGAUUCAGUUUCGCAACUUGAGGCCAGAAAAUUUUCCGUUUAUUAUUCUUUAUCUCAAAUUUCGAUAAAAGUACAUGCUAAAAAAGCUUAG